UCCAAAAUCUCCUUUUAGUCUCGACAUGGCUUGCCAAAAGGCUCUUUUCGAGAAGCAAAUUCUCGACUUGUAUAACCAAAUCUCCAAUCUCGAGAGCCUUAAACCUUCCAAAAAUGUCGACACUUCAUUCCAACAGCUCAUGUCCAUAUGCUUGCCCACAGAGACAAACAUCGACGUCGAGAAGUUGUGCCCAAAAGUCCAAAACAUCAGAACGAAUCUCAUCAAACUACGUAGUGAAGCUAUAGGGUAUUCAGAGCAAUACUUCUCUACAGUCUUGGGAUCUCUCGAAGACAACCCGCUUCGCCAUUUAGAUCUCUACCCUUACUACACCAACUACCUCAAACUGAGCAAGGUCGAGUUUGAUCUCCUCACGCUACACACGAGCCAUGUCCCAACCAAGAUCGCGUUCGUUGGUUCCGGUUCGUUGCCCUUCACAUCCAUCAUCUUAGCUAAGUUCCACCUCCUAAACACGACGUUCCACAACUUUGACAUCGACCCUCAAGCCAAUUCCCUCGCCUACCAACUUGUAUCACGUGAUCCUGAUCUUUCCAGUCGCAUAAUCUUUCACACAAUGGAUAUACUCAACGCCACAGACAUUCUACGUGACUACGAUGUUGUUUUCUUGGCAUCUCUUGUUGGGGUUGAUAAAGAAGCAAAAUUCAAAGUCAUUGAACACUUGGAGAAACACAUGGCUCCUGGAGCUCUUCUCAUGCUUAGGAGUGCUAAAGGCCUUAGAGCGUUCCUGUAUAUAGACGUUGAUCCUUGUGAUCUAAGAGGUUUUGAGGUCUUGGAGACUUAUCACCCGUCGUUGUCAGAUGGGUUUGUGAACUCGGUUAUGGUCGCACGCAAACUCAGCGAUUGAUUUAUUUCGAGCGGUGUAUAUUGGAACUUGAU